AUGUCUGAGGAAAAUAUUGAUAAUGUUGAAGCUGUGACUGCUAAUACGACUGAUGCUGUCACGGAGGCAGUUGAACCUGUUACUCCUACUGAGACUGAAGAAAAAGCUCAAGAAGAAAUAGACCAUAAGGUCUUUGUUGGAAACUUGGCCUUUCAAACUACUGAAACAACGUUAGCCGAAUUUUUUGGUAAAACCGGUAGCGUUAUUAAAGCUAAUAUUAUUACUCGAGGAACACGUUCUCUUGGAUAUGGUUUCGUCGCACUUGAAACCGAUGAAGACGUCAAGAAAGUCGUCGAAGAACUCAAUAAGAAAGAAUUGGAAGGACGUCAAAUCAAUGUAGAAGUUGCCAAACCCAAAAACGAAAAUGCCGAUCAUUCUCACCAAGGCUGGAACACUGGUCCACGUCCACGACGUCGUGGUGGUUGGCAGGGUCGUCGCAGAUUUCGUCAUAAUAUUAACGAAAAUAAUAAUAAUGUCGAAGAUUCCGUUAAUUCCUCCGUCCCAAAUACAAAUGGAGACAUUGACACCUCUCAUGUAAUGCGUGGAGGAGGAGAACCCUCUAAAACGGUCGUGUUUGUUGCCAACCUUCCCUUCUCUAUUGAUAAUGAAGGUUUGAAGGAAAUCUUUAAAGAUUAUGAUGUCGCUUCUGCUCACGUUGUUCGUCGUCGGGGUGGGCGCUCUAAGGGUUUUGGUUUUGUUACUUUAGCAAAUGAAGAAGAACAAAAGAAAGCCCUUGAUGGGCUAAAGAGCGCCGCAUCCGAAGGUAGAGAAUUGGUCAUUAAAGUAGCAUUGAGUGAUCAACAUCAUAUUCAGCCAGGGGAUGAAACUGAAAUUGAAAAAUCGGAUGCUCCCGCAAUUUCUUCAGACGAGAGGAAAGAAGAGGAGGAUGAGUAA